CUUAACAUGUUCUCUCAUGACAUUAAAAAACCCUGAUGUUCGAAGCUGUACACCAGAACCUUGGCAUCCCGUUUGGAUCGUACUUUGAGGAGAAUUGGAGUACAACAGCAAACUGAUGUUUAUGAUUUCUUUUUGAGUCAAUUCGACUUCAUGCUCUGUUAUUUAGUAGAACCAUUAUGAUUUUUGCGGACUGUUUGACAUCUUCUUGGAAGGGGAAUGAAGAUCUCAUUAUAGUUCAUGAUCCUCGAGAAUAUGGAAAUUGUCGAUUAUCUCAAACAAUACGAAAGUAUGGAAUUUUCGAGAAUGUGAACUCAUUGAAGGAGCUAGCAGAAAUGCCAAAUUGAACACCUGAGAGACCCUUGAUAGUAGCUACGGAUUUCACAUAUGCAUGGUGUACUGCAAUGUGACAUAUUCAUCUACUUUUUCCCAGAUACGGAGUAUAUAUUAUUGUGGUCACAAUUAUUAUUCUUAAGUUUGAUGAUAUUUUUUCUCUAACAUCCUCCAUUCUUUCACAUAUGGGGCCCAAGUUUACGAAUGAAAAAGGGCUAAAUCAUGUUACCUUUUCAACUGCAGAUGGAGACAGUAAGAACAAAUUUACCUAUUUUAAACAGAUGGGGAUAGCCGAUGCAAUUGUAGACCUUGUGGGCAGUGGAACAACUUCGAGAGAGAACAAUCUAAAAGAGAUUGCGGGUGGAGUCAUCUCGCAAAGUCAGGCGGUCCUUGUUGCUAGCAGGAAAUCAUUGACACGUAAGGAUGUGCUAGAUAUAACACAUGAAAUGCUUGAAAGGCUAGAGGCUCAUUUGUGUGCUUUGGGUCAAAUCACUGUGUAAAAUCUCCUCCCAACAUUUCACUUGUUUCAAAAACAAUUGGUUCGUGAUAAAUUUCAUGGCAGGUAACUACCAACAUGAGGGGAAACUCUGCAGAGGAAGUAGCUGAGCGCGUAUUGAGCCGAAAUUCCUUAUCAGGGUUGCAGGGGCCCGCAGUAAGUCCAGUAUUUUGCAAACGAAAUGGCCAAGUAACUGCAGAUUACUAUGCCAUAGUCAUAUGUGUACCGAAGAAGGCAUUUAUGAGUCUGUGCAGCAGCUGCGGGAGGUGAGAUUCAUGUACCAUAUAUCAUUAUAUUCUUGUAAAAGAUAUAAAGCCACACACAUGCACUCAUUUUAUAAUUUGGCAAAGAUUCCACCCUUUUAAUCCUUCUUGUCCCAAAUUAUUUGUCAUUUUAGGAAAUUUCUAAAAUUUCACACAAGGAAAAGGACUAAUCUAUAGUGGGUUGGUUCACUAAAUUAGCACAUCUUCUUGCAGGUGUUUGUGAAAUGUUUGAAUAUCAUUUUUCUGGCAUUUUCCUAAAUUUCAUUAAGCUUUUCCAUGCUGUAAAUCCAGCAUAUUCACAUAUUAUUAGGGUUUAGCAAUCAUGCUGCCGUGUUCUUCAGUAGUCAUU